AUGUCGCUGUUCAAGAAGUUCGACCCAAAGGUCGACGUGGCCUCGUCGACGGCCGUCAAGUCGUCGGUGCAGCGGGGCAUGCGCAACAAGCUGCUCGAGACCUACCCGGCCCUCUCGGAGAACGACGGUGCGCUCCUCGAGCAGAUCUGGCCCAAAAAGGAGCCCAUCACGCUCGUCAAGUUUUCGCGCGAGCACGUCCAGAUGCUCGUGUACAAGGGCGAGGUCCUCUUCUUCCAGCACUUUGACGAGCCCUACCUCCCAAGUCUCAAGGUCCUCCACAGAUAUCCGUUCCUGUUGCCCUCGGUGCAGGUGGACCGGGGAGCGAUCCGGUUCCUCCUCUCUGGUGCCAACAUCAUGUCACCAGGUCUCGUCUCGGCAGGCGGCAAGCUGCCGGAUCCAUCAGCCGGCGAGACGGCGCUCGAUAUCGGGCAGGGAGUGGCGGUGCGCGCCCAGGGCAAGGAGGAGAUUGUCGCCGUGGGGCUCAUGAAGAUGUCGAGCGAGGAGAUCCGAAAGACGGGCAAGGGCAUCGGCGUCGACAACAUUCACUACAUCGGAGAUGACCUCUGGUUGACGCUGGCCCGCGGCGGGCUUUAG